CGCUUGGGGACGGCAGCGGGGAUGAGAGGCCCAAGUGGGACAACAAGCUCCAGUACCUCCUGAGCUGCGUGGGGUUCGCCGUGGGUCUAGGCAACAUCUGGAGGUUCCCGUACCUGUGCCAGACCUACGGAGGAGGUGACACCAAUAGGCACUGUUCUGCCCCAAACGCUGGCCGUGGAGUCCGGUGUAGGAGCUGACGUGGGCCGAGGGCUCUGUGGCCACCUGCUCUCUCCAGGGCCCUGACCCAGUGUCAAAACACCUGAAGGUGAUGAGAAAACCAGAGGGAGGCUGUGCUGGCAAACAGCUCAGGCCUGAGUGUGGCUCGUGGAAACGGCUCUGGGAGGCUGGACCCGGGCCGCCCCUGCCAAGUGGGGGAGGCGCAGGGAGUGUGGAAGAGCCUUGAACUCUCUGACCGGCAUCCAUUUCGGCCAGCCCCAUAGGUCAGGAGGCCUGAAGUCAGGGCUGCCCCUGGCGCUGUGCAGGCCCUGUGCGUGCCCAUGAGGAAGAGACGCCCUGGUCCUGGAGCACCUAAGUGGUGACACGUGUCCACCCAAAGCCCACAGACCGCUGUGAACGCCCACCCAUCGCAGCGCGGCCCCAGGGGCACUGAGGUGCCAACAUGGGCACCGGGGACUCAGCUCUCCUCUCGACAGCAGGAGAACAUCCACGGGGUCCAUCGGGCCGUGGAGGAGCCUCCGCGUCUGGGCUCCAGGAGAGGCCGGGGCCCCACCCGCGCUCCUGGCACCUGUGGACUGAGCCUUGCACUCAGCUCCUCGCCACUGGCUCAAGUGCAAAGGGCGUCGCUGUGUCCUCUGCCUGCUCUUCCCUCGGGGCCGCAGGGCCGGUCGACACGUCUCCCCACCGUGCAUGCUCCCUCCUGGGGACGUGGAGCCCUCCUCCCACCAUCGCUGUGGGUGUCCUUCUCCCAGCAUCUGGACCUAGGAUGCGGACAAGGAUGCAGGGGUGAUGCUGCAGGUGAAGGGGCGGAGAAACAGGUCCCUGCCCCGACUCAGGGCAAAGCUUGAGAGACCACCUGAGGCAUCGACCUUCUCCAACAUUCCGUGAACAAAAACCAGCUCCCCUCCUGGGAGAGGCCAGGGUCUCAGUAGGAACAAAACAGCCCAUUUGUUAUGAAACUCACCACCAAAGUGCCAUGAUGGGGGAGGCUGCCCAAUGACGGAGCGACAGCAAACCAGGCCUGUCCUGGGUACCGCGGGGGGUCAAACAAGCAGCAAAGCCCCGAGUCCGCUGGACGGCCUCCACCACCUCUGUCAGCCCCACUUCCGAACACUCGAGAAUUUCAGGAACCACACUGAUGAAAGGGGCUGAUCGUCUGGGAGGCGCAUCCCGGAGGCUCCCGAGCUCCUAGGUCCUGUCCCACUGCCUCGUUCUUCCCGAAGAUGGACCAACUGUUAACUGCUGGACCCCGAAGCUCCAGGAGGACGUCACCGGGCGUCUCAAACAAUGAAGCACCUUGAGCUAACUCUGAAUUGGACGGGGGUCUCGCUCAGACCCCACGUCCUGGCUCAGGGGGUGAGCCGGCUCCUUAUUGAGCCCUUCACACCCCUCAAGACACGGCCUAGGGCCUCACGUCCCAGCCCUGCUUAUAUGGUCACCUGGUCACACACACUGAACUAAAGUCAGGAAGGGGCGUGGCAGCCCCGCUGGGGGGGUCUCGGCUGCCCCGAGCAGGGGCCGGGACAUUCGGGCUGGUCUCCCCGUCUCCGGGAGGUCUCUGGGGUGCUUUCCCACGUGCUGUCCUCCAGCCUGAGGCACCGCUGGGCGAACGGCGACUGUCUGCUGACCUCGGCUCUUCGCAGGGGCCUUCCUCAUCCCCUACUUCAUCGCCCUGGCCUUCGAGGGCAUCCCGCUCUUCCACAUGGAGCUCGCCAUCGGCCAGCGCCUGCGGAAGGGCAGCAUCGGGGUCUGGACAACCAUCUCGCCCUACCUGGGUGGAAUAGGGCUGGGCUGCUUCACAGUGUCCACUCUCAUCGGCAUCUACUACAACACCGUCCUGACGUGGGUGCUGUGGUACCUCCUCAACUCCUUCCAGAACCCGCUGCCCUGGAGCGCCUGCCCGCCCGACCGCAACCCCACAGGGUUCGUGGAAGAAUGCCAGCGCAGCAGCUCCGUGAGCUACUUCUGGUAUCGGCAGACGCUGAACGUCACAGCUGACAUCAAUGACAGUGGCUCCAUCCAGUGGCAGCUGCUGGUCUGCUUGGUGGCCUCCUGGGCAGUCGUGUACCUGUGCAUCAUCAGAGGCAUCGAAACCACUGGGAAGGCAAUUUAUUUCACAGCCUUGUUCCCUUACCUGGUCCUGACCAUCUUCCUCAUCAGAGGACUCACCCUGCCCGGGGCCACUGAAGGCUUAACCUACCUGUUCACCCCCAAGAUGCAGAUUCUCCAGAACCCCCGAGUGUGGCUGGAUGCGGCCACCCAGAUCUUCUUCUCUCUGUCCCUGGCCUUCGGAGGACACAUCGCCUUCUCCAGUUACAACCCACCCAGGAACAACUGUAAGAAGGACGCGGUGACCAUUGCCCUGGUCAACAGCAUGACCUCCCUCUACGCCGCCAUCAUCGUCUUCUCUGUCCUGGGGUUCAAGGCAGCCAAUGACCACGGGCGCUGCCUGGACAGAAACAUCCUCCACCUCAUCAAUGCAUUCGAUUUCCCCGACCAGAGCAUCUCCAGGGACGACUAUGCUGCCGUCCUCGCACAUCUGAACGUCACCCAGCCCGAGAGGGUGGCCGGGCUCGGCCUGGAGUCCUGCCGCCUCGAGGACUUUCUGGACAAGAGUGCCUCGGGCACAGGCCUGGCUUUCAUCGUCUUCACGGAGGCCAUCCUGCACAUGCCGGGGGCCCCGGGCUGGGCCGUGCUGUUCUUCGGGAUGCUCUUCACCCUGGGCCUGUCGUCCAUGUUCGGGAACAUGGAGGCUGUCAUCACACCGCUCCUGGACAUGGGGGUCAUGCCCAGAUGGGUCCCCAAGGAGGUCCUGACUGGGGUGGCCUGCCUGAGCUGCUUCCUCGCCUCCAUCCACUUCACGCUGCACUCCGGAAACUACUGGCUCGAGGUUUUCGACCGCUACGCUGUUUCUCUGAACCUGGUCAUCUUCGCUUUCCUGGAGGUGGUUGGCAUCGUUUACGUUUACGGGAUGAAUCGGUUCUGCGAUGACGUGGCGUGGAUGACCGGGAGGCGGCCCAGCCUCUACUGGCGGGUGACCUGGAAGGUCGUCAGCCCCCUGCUGCUGCUGACCAUCUUCGUGGCUUACAUCGCCCUCCUGGCCAGGGCGCCACCGAGCUACAGGGCCUGGAACCCCCAAUAUGACCAGUUCCCCACGCAGCAGGAGAACGUCUACCCGGGCUGGGUGCAGGUCACCUGUGUGCUCCUGUCCUUCCUGCCCGUGCUGUUGGUCCCGGCUGUCGCGCUGGCCCAGCUGCUUGUCAGGCACAGAAGGAAGAAGAAGGAUGCGCUGCAGGACAUGCACCUGAAGCCACAGGACAGCGGGGCCUGCUGAGGGGGGACGGUGGGGAGGGCCCCUCCUGUGCAAGGCUCGCAGAGCACAGAGCACCGGACCCCAUUACAGACCUGCCUCCUACCCAGAGACCUGUGGUUGUUGCUUCCUGAUGCCCUCGCACUCUCCAGACCCUGCUCACAGCACAGCCCAGCUCCAACAUUAUGGUCCACACUGUCUUCCACACAGAAGACAGCCUGGUGUCCGGCUCCCGGGCCCCUGCAGUUGGGUCCUGCACAGCACCAUCUGGGUGGCCAUGAGAUGCUCCAGGCAAAUCCAGGGGCAAAAUGGCAGGGGUGUCCUGAUGGCUAAGCAGGCCGGCAGGGGGCCUCUGAGAAGGCCCACACCUGCACCCAUUGCAGCUGGAGGCCCUCACGCCACACAAGUUGAGGGAGUUCCUAGGGCUUAUCUCCAAGGAAAGAGGUGCGCUGUCCCACGGUGAGCUCGGAAGGGAAGCCCCUGGCCCGCAGAAAGCCCCUUUCUUUACCGGUAGCACUUGGGUCUGUCGUGGCUGCGUAUGUGAUGGGGAAACCAGUAGGAGCAGACGUGUGGGUCUGUGUUGUCACAGAGAACCCACGACACCCCACUCUCACCCCAGGACCGAUGCCCCAAGUGAGUGAGUGAGUGAGUGCCAGCUAGGGAAAGUCAGCAUGGCCGGGAAAGUCUAGGGGGCUGGCGGCUCUCCCUGAUGUUAUUUCUGAGAAACUCUGCCUUUUGUUUUCUAAAAGCUUUCUCAAUG